AUGGCAUCACUUCCCAAAAGAAUAAUCAAAGAAACUCAGAAACUUAUUCAGGAUCCUUGUGAUGGCAUAAAAGCUGUACCAGACGAAAACAAUGCCAGAUAUUUUUUAGUAUCCAUAGAUGGACCAAAAGAUAGCGCAUAUGAGGGAGGUAUUUUCAACCUGGAGUUGUUCCUUCCCGAAGAUUAUCCUAUGACUGCACCUAAAGUCCGCUUUACAACCAAACUAUACCAUCCAAAUGUUGAUCGUCUUGGGAGAAUUUGUCUGGAUAUCCUCAAAGAUAAAUGGAGUCCGGCUCUUCAGAUACGUACUGUUUUACUGUCUAUUCAAGCACUGUUAAGUGCACCGAAUCCAGAUGAUCCGUUGGAUAGUGAGGUUGCAUCACAUUGGAAACAAAAUGAACCAGAAGCUCUUGCCAAAGCACGUGAAUGGACUCAGCUGUACGCUAAACAAAAUUAA